AUGGAUGUCUUCAAGAAAUUGGAGAUUACUAUGCCCUUGACCGAAGCAUUGCAACAAAUUCCCUCUUAUGCUAAACACAUGAAACAGUUCCUUAGUAAAAAGAAGAAGUACUUAGAGGAAGGAACAAUUGAAGUUCAAGGGAAUUGCAGUGCUAUUAUGCAGAAGACUCUACCCUCAAAAUUCAAAGAUCCGGGGAGUUUCACCAUCCCUUGCACCAUUGGGAAUUAUGAGAUAGGGAAAGCACUUGUUGACUUAGGGGCUAGCAUCAAUUUGAUGCCCCUAUCUAUGCUUCACAAGAUUGGUGGUUUGGAAGUUAAGUCUACAAGAAUGGUUUUGCAAAUGGCAGACAAAUCCAUCAGGCAUCCCUAUGGUGGGGUUGAAGAUGUAGUGAUCAAAAUUGACAAGCUUCAAUUUCCAGUGGACUUUGUAGUUAUGAAAAUGGGGGAAGAUGCAGAAACACCUCUCAUUCUUGGAAGACCUUUUAUGAAGACAGCCAAGGUUUUCAUUCAUGUGGAUAAGGGAACUGUGCUAUUGAAAGACCAAGAUGAUGAGGUAACUUUCAAUGUCUUUGAAGCUGGGCAGCAAAGUCAAGAGAAGCGGACUAGUCCCAAAGCUAAGAAUGAAGUUCUAUCAGUGACUAGCCUAAUAGGGCAAGCUGCCCAAGUGGUCAACAAGAGGGUCAAUUGUUUCUCUCCAAAAGUGGAGGAUGAUGAUGGAGACAAAGAAGAGAAACUUGUUCAUCAACACUCCAUCGUGGAAAGUGAUGAACCCAAACUUGGCAAACCAGUGACGCUCAAGAACAGGUUAUGGGUUAUCAAGGCACUAAAGGCAAAUGGGGUACUUGAAAUUGAGGCCCCAUAUUCAAGGAGAGUCAAGUUGGUGACAAGAAAAGUGUUGAAAUUGUGUUGGUGUCAUGAAAGGAAGAAGCACACCAAUAUCAAAAAUCAAAUUUGA